GAUGACGCCGAUAUAAGGCAAAUGCGGAGCAGCCAUUACACAGCGAGUUUCCCUCGGAAGGUCGGAGAAAAUAAGGAAUCCGCCAAAAAUACAUUAACAGCCUGCUGAAUUCGCGAAACAUUUCUAUUAGCAGACCGUCAACAAAGCGUGUAGAAACAGAUGAACACAUCGAGUCACCCGUUUCAUUCGAUACGUUAAUACGGUUAGGAAACAGCCUUUGAUUCGCUAGGCUAGCUAGCUAGCAAGCUAACGUACUCGCUUUGCUACGCGGAGAUUGACCCAGUCAGAGUGCGCUGGCUAACUGGCUAGCGGCUUACCACCGGGGAUAUCGGCUCCUGGAUUACAGCUAGUCUUUAAAAGGUUGCAAGAAGACAUUUGUAUUGCAUCUCAAGACGCACUCAAAAUGGAUGACAAAGUGUUCACUAAAGAAUUAGACCAGUGGGUCGAACAGCUGAACGAGUGUAAGCAACUCACGGAAAACCAAGUGAGGACACUGUGCGAGAAGGCUAAAGAGAUCCUGACCAAGGAGUCCAAUGUGCAGGAGGUACGCUGCCCUGUCACGGUGUGUGGCGACGUGCAUGGGCAGUUCCACGACCUCAUGGAGCUGUUCAGAAUCGGAGGGAAGUCGCCUGACACCAACUACCUGUUCAUGGGUGACUACGUAGACAGAGGUUACUACUCGGUGGAAACAGUCACACUUCUUGUUGCGCUAAAGGUCCGCUUCCCUGAGCGCAUCACGAUACUGCGUGGGAACCACGAGAGCAGACAGAUUACACAGGUGUAUGGGUUUUAUGACGAGUGCUUGAGGAAAUAUGGAAACGCAAACGUCUGGAAGUACUUCACGGACCUCUUUGACUACCUGCCCCUCACAGCCCUGGUUGAUGGACAGAUCUUCUGUCUGCAUGGUGGCUUGUCUCCAUCAAUAGACACACUGGAUCAUAUCCGUGCUCUAGAUCGUCUCCAGGAGGUGCCACAUGAGGGACCAAUGUGUGAUCUUCUGUGGUCGGAUCCUGAUGACCGCGGAGGCUGGGGAAUCUCUCCCAGGGGUGCUGGCUAUACUUUUGGACAGGACAUCUCUGAAACCUUCAACCAUGCCAACGGUCUCACCCUGGUCUCCCGUGCCCAUCAACUUGUUAUGGAGGGAUACAACUGGUGUCAUGAUAGAAAUGUUGUCACCAUAUUCAGUGCGCCAAACUACUGCUAUCGCUGUGGCAACCAGGCUGCCAUAAUGGAACUGGACGAUACUCUUAAAUAUUCCUUCCUCCAGUUUGACCCUGCACCUCGGCGCGGCGAGCCACACGUCACCCGCCGUACACCUGAUUACUUCUUAUAAACUCGCACUGGCCUCAUGUAGGAACACAAAGUCUAAAGCAAAUGGAAAAAAAAGAGACAAAAAACAAACCAACGAAUCCCGACAUAUAUAUACAUAUAUUCAUCCCUCUGCGUGUGUAUAUAUUUGGGGAUGUGAUGACAUGAAAGCACUAACAUGGACCAAAAUGUGCCAUAUAAGCAUUUAAUUGCAGAAAUACAAAUUGCCCUGUGUCUCAAUACUGCUACACAGUGUCCCAUUUUAGCCUAUAGUGCAAUUGCCUGCUGUAUACUAUGGAUAGUAAUGUUCUCUUUGUUCUUGAAUUGUACAUUACUCUUAAGAAAAGUGAUAUCUAGCUUUCCCCCUUCAGCAUCACUGGACAAAUGAUGUUCUUUACGUUGGCGAUGCCAGGCAUGUGAAAUAAGGUAACAUUUUAUACAAGUGCACAAGCUUAUAUCCUUUCCUGUCCUCACCAAAAAGAAACACUAUGCUAUUGGGAAUGAAUGCUUAAUCGUAGGGAAGAGCCUCUUUUUUGGGAGUGUAUGCUUUCAUGUAUAUGGAUUUCUCAACUCAACUAUCCCCCUUUGUCUACCAUAUUGUGUUUACUGUCUUUUCUGUGCAUUUGUCAUAAAGUGAUUGCCUCCUCUUUGAUGUAUUUGAACUAAUAAAGUACUUUUAAGUGCAAACUA